AUUUAUUCACUAUAAUGAUUAAAAAUUGAACUUAUUAUUAUAAAUAAUAAUUAUAAAUAAGCUACAUUAAAGUGGAACCUGGAUGUGGUGGACCCAUGGCGUUCCAGGACAUGAGCUUGUUAGCUUAGCGUUUGUUGUGUGCUGUUCCUGGUCUGGAGCGAUGUGGAUGAAGUGCUGAUGAAGAUCUUGAUGAAGAAUCAGCGGCUCUGAGAUCAGGGCCAGUGUUUGAUUUCUGUAGGAGCCGUAGCUGAUCUCAGAGCUGAUCAGAGAUGGAGUCGUACCUGUUUCCGUUUGAUGGGCUGAUCUGCAUGCUGCUGGGAAUCUCCUUCACUGUCUGGUUCACCCUCCUCCUCGUUUUCAUCAUCGUACCUGCCGUGUUCGGGGUCUCGUUCGGGAUUCGCCGCCUCUACAUGAACACGCUGCUCAAAAUAUUCGAGUGGGCGACGCUGAGGAUGGAGAGAGGGGCGAGAGAGAAGAACCAGCAGCUCUAUAAACCCUACAGUAACGGGAUCAUAGUGAAGGAGCUGGCGUCUCUGGAGCAGGAGAUACAGGAAGUGAGGCGCGUGGGCGGAGCGGAGGCCGAGUUCGACAUGUCAGACAUCCUGUUCUUCUGUCGGCGGGGGGUGGAGAGCAUCGUGGACGACGAGGUGACCAAGCGCUUUUCGGCGGAGGAGCUGGAGUCCUGGAACCUGCUGACGCGCAGCAACUACAACUUCCAAAAUAUUAGCACCCGGCUAACCGUUCUGUGGGGGCUCGGCAUGCUCAUCCGCUACGGCGUCCUGCUGCCCCUCAGGGUGACCUUGGCGUUUACUGGUGUGGGACUCCUGGUGGUUCUCACCUCUCUGAUCGGUCUGCUUCCAAACGGAGGGAUGAAGAACUUCCUGAGUAAGAAAGCUCAUCUGAUGUGCUACAGGAUCUGCGUCCGAGCCCUCACCGCCAUCAUCACCUACCACGACAGCCAUAACAAACCCAGGAACGGCGGGAUCUGCGUCGCUAAUCACACCUCGCCCAUCGAUGUCAUCAUCCUAGCCAGCGAUGGCUGCUACGCCAUGGUGGGACAGGUACACGGGGGGCUGAUGGGAGUUAUACAGAGAUCGAUGGUUAAAUCCUGCCCCCACAUCUGGUUCGAGAGAUCUGAGGUUAAAGAUCGACACCUGGUGGCAAAACGACUCAGUGAUCACGUGGCAGAUAAAAGCAAACUUCCCAUCCUCAUCUUCCCCGAGGGGACGUGCAUUAAUAACACCUCAGUCAUGAUGUUUAAGAAGGGAAGCUUUGAGAUCGGCUGCACCGUCUAUCCUGUGGCUAUAAAGUACGACCCUCGGUUUGGAGACGCGUUCUGGAACAGCAGUAAGUUUGGGAUGGUGAAUUAUCUUCUACACAUGAUGAGUAGCUGGGCGAUCGUCUGCAGUGUGUGGUAUCUUCCUCCCAUGAACCGAGAGGAAGGCGAGGACGCUGUGCAUUUUGCUAACCGGGUGAAGGCCGCCAUCGCUAGGAAGGGAGGAUUAGCUGAUCUGUUAUGGGAUGGAGGUCUGAAGCGGGAGAAGGUGAAGGAGGUGUUUAAGGAGGAGCAGCAGAAGCUCUACAGUAAGGUGCUGGUGGGGAACGGUGAGAACCGGAGUCGCUCCUGAACGAUCACUGAUUGCUGGAACCCAGAGUGCUGGAUCUGUCAGAACCACAACCCAGAAUGAAACCGGGCCCAUACUGAAGCCCUGCUGAACUCCACUGAAGAUCUCCACAGAUCAACACAGAUCUUAACCUGAAGAGAUGAAACUGAUCCGAGAUGAACGACUCUGAACCGAACUGAACCAGAUAGAUUCAGGUUCAGUUGAACUAAUAUGAUCUGAGUACAGAUUUAAAUAUGGAUUAAAUUUCUCAGAUCUGAUGUGGAUCGAUCACUAAACUGAAUUGUUCCAGAAAAUAAAAUUAAUUUAUAAGAAGAGAAACUAAACAGAACAACUCAUGAAUCAUAAGUGAACUAAAUGACUCUGAAGUGAAUCUGACUGAAGUUGUUACUGAUCUCAUAAAUGUUCAUUUGCACACUUUUGCACGAGUACACACCACGGCUUUACUUUGUCUGACUGUUUUUGGGACGGGGGGGAUACUGUGCAUCUCACCCAGGGCAUUUUUUGUCAUUUUGUAUUUAUUUAUUUAUUUAUUUAUUUUUAUUUGCUUUAGUCUGUUACAGUAGGAGAUUGUGUGUAACAGUAGUGCAUGUGUUUAACAAUAAUGAAGUCUGUAGAGCAAAAGUCUGAUUUUUAUUGAUAUAAAACAUUCUGCAGGAUGUGAACGACGGUGUCUCUGGAGCGUUUGCUGUAUCUACUGACUGUUUCCACAUUUCUUUGUAAACUCUUGUUUGUUUUAGCCUCUUUUUUCCAGUGUGUAAGGGAUGUGAAGAUGCUUGAUUAUGUGAUGAAUUGUAAUAUUCACUCAUCAUUCUUUCCUGGCUUCACUGUGGAGGUGGUUUAGGUAGCAGCAGAUUUGAACAGUGAGAUACAGACUGUAUACCAGAGUAAAGUUAGAUACAGCGUUUUAAUAAACAUGAGGAAACAUGAU